AUUCCAUGGCAAGAUUGGAUCUUGGCCCAUCAAUUUCGCGUGGAAAUGGUUGGAUAAAAACAAAGACCAUGGCUCGAGAUUCGACAGGAAUGAUUGAUAUGAUGAACUCCACUGAUGAUUUGACCAAUGAAAUGCCCUACUCUGCUGCCCAACCACUGGUUUUCUCAGACUUCUUGCUCACAGACCUUAGAUCUACUACCUGCUUCAGUCCUGAUUUCAUCAUCUUCGAGAGCCACAAGAAGACCCCCAAUGUCUUUUAUAGUACAAGGAGGUUUUCAUUCAUCCAAGAAGUGGGAAUGGGAAUGGCUGUAGAACCUGGGAAACUGUGGCACCCAUAUUCUCACGUGCUAAAGUCAAUACAAAGGUGAUAGUGACCCAGAGGGCAGGACAAGCAUUUCAUGUGAUGGCCUCUACUUCCAACAAGGAACUUUACUCCUAUGAUGGUGUUGUAGCUGUGGGUGGUGAUGGUUUCUUCAAUGAAAUCCUUAAUGGGUUUCUUUCUUCAAGGCAUAAAGCUCCUUACCCACCAAGCCCAACAGAUAUUGUUCAUUCUGUUGAUGGGAAUGGCAGUGUCUUGAUUCAUCAUGGUUCAAGUGGAACAGUUGCUGGGACUACUAGUCAGAAUGAAGACCAGUCACCUCUUCUCUCAACUCCAAGACAAGAAAAUGGAUCAGGAUUCUCAACUUUUAGAACUGAAGAUGGCUCUUGUAACAUUGCAGAUCAAGAUCGUGAGUUUUCAUUCCCUGAAGAACGGUUUAGAUUCGGAAUCAUUCCUGCAGGUUCAACUGAUGCCAUUGUGAUGUGUACAACUGGAACUCGAGAUCCUAUAACAUCAGCAUUGCACAUUGUCCUUGGUAAAAGGGUAUGCCUCGAUAUAGCGCAAGUUGUAAGAUGGAAAACAACGUCGGCAUCAAAAGUUGAACCUUGCGUACGCUAUGCGGCUUCUUUUGCUGGGUAUGGUUUUUAUGGAGAUGUCAUUACUGAGAGUGAAAAAUACCGCUGGAUGGGCCCCAAACGUUAUGAUUAUGCAGGAACAAAAGUGUUUUUGAGGCACAGGUCAUAUGAGGCAGAAGUAGCAUACUUACAAGUCAAAUCAGAAGUAACAAAUUCAACUUCCGAGAGAGGUCACUUGAGUAGUCAGAUACAAGCAUUGUGGAGUCCAAAUGAAUCUGAAAGAGUGGUUUGUCGCGUUAAUUGCACUGUCUGUAACAAAAAACCGAUUCGGGUAUCCACGGGAAGUCCCCUAGCAACACCUUACUCACAUCCAGAAGAAACAAGAUGGUUGAGAUCCAAAGGGCGUUUUCUUAGCAUUGGUGCUGCUGUAAUUUCUUGCCGAAAUGAAAGAGCACCAGAUGGUUUGGUGGCUGAUGCACACCUUUCAGACGGUUUCCUCAACCUUAUAUUGAUUAAAGACUGUCCUCAUGCUUUGUAUCUAUGGCACCUUACCCAGCUUGCAAGGAGAGGUGGAAGUCCCCUGAACUUCAAAUUUGUAGAACAUCAUAAGACAACGGCAUUUGUGUUUACUUCUUUUGGCACUGAGAGUGUAUGGAAUUUGGAUGGUGAGCUCUUUCAAGCACACCAACUCUCAGCACAAGUAUUUAGAGGCCUUGUUAGCUUAUUUGCAGCUGGUCCCGAAGUCUAACAGAAGACCUUUCAAAAGGGUUUCUUGGAGAUAUCUUGCCUGUGCCUAUAUUGUACAUUCACUUUGUAAUUAAGUUGUUCGAUCAAAAUAUGGUUGUACAAAUGACUUGUCGGAAUAAAAACAUGGAGGAUGUUUCAGGGGACCUUAGUUUAAGGGUGUUGGAGGUUGAAGCCACACCUCAGAAUAUAUAUAAUACUUGAUCAACUUGGGCACGUUGCCCUUUUUAUUGUUCAA